AUGUGGGUCAAAUGGGUCCAUAUGUACUAUUUGAAGGGACAAGAUGUGAUGGAAGCAAGGAUAACUCAGAAUUGUUCUUGGGUGAUGAAAAGGAUCCUGGAUCUAAGGGAAGAAACUCAGAAGCAUCUUCAGGUUUGGACUAAGCUUCUACAACAACAGAAAUUCAGAAUGCAUAUGUUAUAUGAUGACAUGAUUGAAGAGGCCCCUACUGUGGACUGGAGAUGGUUGUUCCAGAGGAAUGCAGCUAGGCCUAGGGCUCGUUUCAUUACUUGGCUCUUAUGCCAUGGAAAGCUAGCAACAAAAGAUAGACUCCAUCGAUUCAAUAUGAUUAUGGAUACUGAUUGCAGCAUAUGCCAGGUAACAGAGGAGACUAUCCCUCAUUUGUUCUUUGAUUGUAAAGAUAAUGCUGCAGUGUGGAUUCAGGUACUACAUUGGCUUGGUAUAGCACACCAACCUCUCCCUUGGGUUGAUGAAUUGAGGUGGCUAAUACGAGAGGUAACUAGGAAAGGCUGGAGAGCUUGCCUAUUGAAAUUAGCCUUCACCGAGACUGCUUAUGGUAUUUGGAAUAGGAGAAAUUCCAUUGUUUUCAAACAUACGACAAAUAGAGAUAUCAUACAAAGUGUCUUAGAUAAUAUUGUUUAUAGUGGCUGGCAGUAUAAGAAAACUAGGAAACAUAUAGCUCUUUUGAUGUUAUAG